AUGUCGCGCCGUGGAACCGCACUCCUCGCAAUGCCAUCGACACCACCACAGAUCUCGCCCAUAGCGGGAUUCAGUUUGUCGUGGAGGAUCACCAAGUGUGCUUUGCUCACCGGGACUAUCACGGGCUACAACGGAGCUGUCAAAGAUCGCAUGAUGUCGGAGAGCGACACAGUGUGGCCAUGGUCGGCCACAGUCGUCCUCCGGGUGCGGGCGCGAAACAACAGCGGCAGGUCGAAAGGCACAGCGUUGCCGUCCGGCACACAGGUCAGCCCGGGACUGGAUGGUGUAAUACCACGAGUUGACGAGACACGAGAAACGAGAAACGAAACAAACACCUAG